ACAGGUCCACAUUUCACUCCACCCAGGGGAUGUAACUCAUACACUGUGGUCAACGAAGACACAAAAAGGUGUCCUCUUUUCUUUUCUUUUCUUUGAUCCUGUUUGAUUGGAAAGACGUUUUGAUUUUGACUCCAAGGGAACAUCUGGAAGAGGAAAAAAAAAUGCCGUCUGUGACAAAGAUUAUCCAUUUUUUUCUCAGUGCGCUGUUGACUGCAAUAUCUGUCGGUCUGCUUGGUUUUGCCAUGUCAGAUGAUUGGUCUAGAACAACUAUGGACUGCAGAGGAUUUAUAACCAACAACGGGAGUGCAGAAAUCACACUGGGCCUUUUCAAUGGCUUCUUAGAAAGACAAACGUGUCCUAGCUUUGGCAAUUAUAAGGAUUUUUCAGUGUUUACAGAAUUAUCAGUCAUAAAAGGAGCUUCUCUGGCUCUCCAUGCUCUGUGUGUGGCCCUGCUGGUCCUGUGCCUGCUGUUCUCAGCCCUCAGCAUCCUUAUCUCGCUCUACAACAGCGUCAGCAACCCUUACCAGACCUACAUGGGGCCUAUCGGGGUUUACACCUGCUCCUCCAUCAGUGCUUGCUUGUCUCUUUUGGUCAUCAUCUUAUUCGUCCUGAACAUCAAUGUGACAGACAUGCAAGAGCAGUUGGUUCCUCAAAUUGGCAGUAUUGACACCGAUAAUCUAGAACUGUCAAACAAAAAGUCAACGAUGCUGGUGGGGUACUUCAUGCUUAUCCCUUACACCGUGCUCUCUGUGGGAGCUAUAUUGGCCAUCUACCUGUACGACCAUGCAGCCUACAUGCACAGAAGAGAGCAGGAGAAGCCAACGGAGGAUGCUCCCAAGGAGAUCAUGAUGUACUAGUGGUGAUCAAAACAGAGACACUUUAACAUUCCUUUUGACUUUUUGAUAAAUUAUAAAGGAUCAUAGUUGGGCACAGGAAAAAAAAAAUGAAUGCACAUGUUGCUUGAAGUAUAAUGUGCAGCAAUUUGUUCAUUAUUUUUAGUAAAGAAGUUAGUUUAAGUUCACUUAUGUUUUACUCAUUUUGAGGAAAACCACUCCUUAUUCUGCCUUAUGCUGAAUUUUCUUCAAAUAAAUUAGCAUUAGUUCAAACCUAUUUAUUUCAUACAGUACAUGAACAAUGUGAUGGAACUUAGUGCAAUGUGAUACAUGUUUAUGUUUUCCAUAGCAAACAGUCAAAUUAGCAUCAGCAGUUAAAACUGCUCAACAGAUUUAACCUAACUGGAUUCAUUCUAUGCAGAUCACUUUGAAUAAAUGUAAUUUUUACACUUAGUGUUUUUCCAUCAUGAUAUUUUAACCACUUAAAAAAAAAAAAAAAAAAAAAAAAAUCUGAUUCAUUGACUGGAAGUGAAACACCAACUAUGAUGGGAAGGGUAAAUAAGUAUUUCCUGAUGUUUGCUGCCCUCUCUCUGUGAUCUGAUGCAAUUACAAAGAAAAUAUCUGCUGCAAACAUCUCUGGUUGCCUUAGAAACACACUUUAUGGUGACAUGUUGAUAUGUCUUCUGUUUCCCCCGCCCAAAAACCUUUAACCAGAAGAAAUUCCACUGGAUAUUUUAGUUGAGUAUUAAGACUAUCUUGGAGCAUUUGCCUCUUUUUUUAUUUGUUUGGUUUAUACCUUCUGCAUCCAUGUUAAUCUUAAAUCUUAAAUUUCCUGCAUUUUCCAGUUUAUGCUGCAGUUAAAUUAGGAUGGUUCCUAAGCCUAGUUUAAGACUCAUUUUCUUUCAUCUGGGUGUGACAGCUUGAAUCAGAGUGUUAAACCUUGGGCACAGCUGGGUCAAUUAAAAAUGCAUUUAAUCUCCUUAACUGAACUAUACAGAGGAGCCACAUUUGCACAGAGGAAUCAACUAUUUUAGAUGAACUGUACCAACUUUGGUAGAAAGAAUUGUCACAAUAGCAGCAUUCAAAAGAGUGUGUUGGAUUUUAGCUAUUUGCACAAGGGCAGAUAACCCAAUAUUAGUUGGUGUGUAUGUACGUAUUUCAGCCUGUAUGAAUUUUUCUGAAACUGUGGAUUGUAUUAAAUGAGCAUUAAAAUUAAACUUGUAAAAAUG